CUUCAGAAGGGAAGAAGAAGAACGCCAAUAAUUCGGCUGAGUAAAGGUUGAGAAGAAGCCGGGUCUUCUAGAAGUCGUGCUGUUUACAUUCGAUAGAUUUGUUGCUUCCAGUUCACAAUGAGUCUGUUUAGCCGGGCCCUUAUGCGUUUUCAACCCAGUGUUUUGGGAGGUCUAACUGUGAGAGGGACUCAGGCGUCCACUAGGACAAUUGCUCGAAGUUUGGUAGGCCUCUGCUCGAACAGACGACCACAACGUGAAUUCCCGUCAUCCACAUUGUGUUCGUGUGGAUGUGGUAUCCACGGCAUCCACACCAGAGGUGAUAGGGAACUUGUUGAAUUUUUACAAGAAGAAAUUGCAGCUGAAAAGAAGUCUAUGUCUCCUGGUUUGCCUUCACAUCUUGAUGACUUUUCCGUUAAAGGACGUGAUGCAGAAUUAACACUGACAAAAAAUUUUCAUGAUGAGCAGAUAACCAUCACACUAAAUGUAAAUCAUACAGUGGACACAGAAGGUCCAGUUGAAGGGACACAAGAACCUGAUUUAAGGAGUCGGCCAAGUUUUGAAGUUGAUAUUAAAAUUGGAUCAAAAGUUAUGUCAUUCACAUGCUCUUACGUCAAUCCAGGGGAAGCUUUAGCAGAAGAUCAGGGUCAGAAUGAAGAUGUGUUUGGCAUCAAUGAAUUAACCAUAUAUGAAGGAGAAUGGGAUGAAGAAACAUACUGCGUUUCUGGAGACAUUUUGGAUGGGAUGAUGUAUGACUUGCUUAUGAAUAUGUUGGAAGAGCGUGGGGUCUCGAAUGAAUUUGCUGAGAAACUCAGCUCCCUCUGCUCCGAUUAUGAACAUUCUUUGUAUGUCAACUUGCUCCAGAAUGUGCAGGAUUUUGUCAAGAGAAAAUAGAACUUCUGAUAUAAAAAAAUUAGUAAAGUUUUUUUUCAUGAACUUUGGCUAACAGGCAUUUUAAAUUGGCCACAUGCUUAAUAUGGUGCAUGGAUAGUUGAAAUAUGUAAAUAUUGUUUAUGGAAUUUUUUAUUCUAACCAAUGUUGAUUGGAAUAUUAAAAAUGAUGCCAUGAUUAUAUGAAACAUACUUGUGAAUGUUAUGUGACCUAAAUGUUAUAUGUACAAAUGUUAUUGUAACAUAAUUUGCUCUUUCGUAAUAAACUUGAAAAAUUAA